AUUAUGAUAAAAAUAUAAAUUAUGGCAAUUUUUUUAAAAUUUAAUAGGAAUAUAAAUUAUGUUAAAAGUAUAAAUUUUGGUAAAAAAUUGAAUUUCAGUAUUCUCAGUACAAAAAUAAUUAAAAGUAGGAGAAUGUUCCAAAACCCUUGCCAAAACUGUAAAUGCCGAAGUUCUAACUCACCAUUAAAUUGUUAUAAUCGAGAUUUUAGUACUAGUAAUAAUUUACCCGUCGAAUUUAAUAGUAAGUUCGUGGAGGUUUUCCCCAAAUCUUCUCAAAAUGGAAGUGAAAGUUUGGUAAAAUUUAAGCGCCUGGACGAUCUGAGUAACUUGUUAAGAGUGACUGAGUCGAAUUUACUAAAAUCAGAUGGAACAAAUGUAAAGUUUUUAAAUGUUCCUCCGGAGGUUCUGACCGGUUUAACCUCUCUGGCCUUCUCAGAAAUUAUGCAUUUCCUCAGAACAGAGCAUUUGGCACAGCUAAGAAAAGUAUUUGAUGACCCGGAAUCAAGUGACAAUGACCGAUUCGUCUCAAUGCAGUUACUCAAAAACGCUUGCAUAUCCGCUGGAAAAGUAUUACCGGGAUGCCAGGAUACUGGAACUGCAAUUGUAAUUGGGAAACGUGGUAACUUUAUCUUUAGUGAAAAUGACGCUAACUCUAUCACCAAAGGCGUCUACGACUCUUACAUGAAUAAGAAUUUUAGAUAUAGUCAAAUGUCUGCUUUGAGUAUGUAUGAGGAGGUGAAUACCAAGUGUAAUUUACCAGCUCAAGUUGAGCUUUAUUCUCAAGAUGGAACUGAUUAUGAAUUCCUUUUCAUAGCUAAAGGUGGCGGCUCCGCCAAUAAAACCUUUUUAUACCAACAAACCAAAUCAGUAUUGAAUGAGAAGAUGCUGGUUGAUUUUCUAAUGGAUCAGAUAAAGACAAUUGGUACAUCAGCAUGUCCACCAUAUCAUUUAGCAAUUGUCAUCGGGGGUUUAUCGUCUGAAAUGACAUUGAAAACUGUAAAACUUGCCAGUUGCAAAUAUCUUGAUACUCUUCCAACUCAAGGAAAUACUUUCGGUAAUGCAUUCAGGGAUUUAAAUUUCGAAAAUACCAUUCUACAAAAAACGAGAGAGAUUGGGAUAGGAGCUCAAUUUGGUGGUAAAUAUUUUUGUCAUGAUGUUAGAGUCAUACGCUUACCAAGACAUGGCGCUUCUUGCCCUAUAGGGAUUGGAGUGUCAUGUUCAGCGGAUAGGCAAGUAUUGGCUAAGAUAAAUCCUACUGGGGUUUAUUUGGAAGAACUAGAACAUGAUCCUGCACAAUUUCUACCAACAGUUAAACUUGAUGCGCCGGAUGCUGGAGAGAUAAUGAUUGAUUUAUCAAUUGGUAUGGAAAAGGUAUUGGAACAAGUUCGUAAAUUCCCUGUCAAGACCAGAUUACUAUUAAACGGUCCUCUAAUAGUUGCUCGUGAUAUUGCUCACGCGAUGAUUGUUGAACAACUUGAUAAAACUGGACAAUUGCCACAAUACAUUAAAGAUUUCCCCAUUUAUUACGCUGGGCCUGCAAAGAGACCGGAUGGAUAUGUGAGUGGUUCAUUUGGUCCAACAACGGCUGGUCGUAUGGACAGUUACGCCUCUAAACUUAUGGAACACGGAGCAUCACUGAUAACGUUGGCCAAGGGGAACCGUUCCCGUUCAUUUGUAAACGCUUGUAAAAAGUUUGGUGGAGUUUAUUUGGGCUCUGUAGGUGGUCCUGCAGCCCUAAUCGCAGAGGAUUGUAUUGAGUCAGUGGAAGUAAUUGACUUUCCACAGCUCGGAAUGGAAGCAGUACAUAAAAUCAUAGUCAAAAACUUUCCAGCAUUUGUAGUAGUCGACGCCAAAGGAAAUGAUUUCUACGCUCAGUGGUCACACUAAUUCAACGGACCAAAUUAAUGGAAAAUGUGUUAACUCUUGAUAACAAAAAUAAUUAUGCAUUGUGUAUACUUUAGUAAAUUAGUGAGUUAAAAGUGAAUUAUAUUAAUUAAUAAAAUGUUGAUAUUAAUUUUUUGAUGUGUUUUGGGUGAUGUGAUUUAGGGAAAAAAGAUUCGUU